AUGUCGCGGCUUCGGGCUGUCCAGGCUCCGCCCCCUCGAGCCGCCCCGAGAGCCGCGCUGACCCGCCGCCAGCAGGGACGGACGCCCGCCCGCCGCCGCCGCCCGGCCGCUAUGGAUCUAUUCGACUUUUUCAGGGACUGGGACUUGGAGCAGCAGUGUCACUAUGAACAAGACCGUAGUGCACUUAAAAAAAGGGAAUGGGAGCGGAGGAAUCAAGAAGUCCAGCAAGAAGAUGAUCUCUUUUCUUCAGGCUUUGAUCUUUUUGGGGAGCCCUACAAGACAAACAAAGGUGAUGCACUUGCCAACCGAGUCCAGAACACGCUGGGAAACUAUGAUGAAAUGAAGGAUUUGCUAACUAAUCAUUCUAAUCAGAAUCAUCUAGUGGGAAUCCCAAAGAAUUCCAUGCCCCAGACUCCCAUCAACAAAAACGAACCAAGCUUUUUUGCAGAACAAAAGAACCGAAUGAUCCCACCUCACCAGGAUAACACUCACGCCUCAGCACCAAUGCCUCCACCUUCUGUCGUGAUACUGAAUUCAACUCUAAUACACAGCAACAGGAAAUCAAAACCUGACUGGCCACGAGAUACUCAUAAUGCUAGCAUUGUACCAGCCAGCCAGGCCGGUAGUCAGCCAAGCAAGAUGCAGCCAUCUACACAGGACCAGCCCCAAGCCAGACUGGAAGACUUCUUUGUCUACCCAGCUGAACAGCCUCAAGUUGGAGCACUUGAAGAGUCAAACCCAUCUGCAAAGGAAGACAGUAAUCUCAAGUCCAGUGGAGGGGAUACAUUCAAAGAAAUCUUUCAAUCCAACUCACCAGAAGAAUCUGAAUUUACAGUGCAAGCGCCGGGGUCUCCCCUAGUUGCUUCCUCUUUAUUAGCUCCCAGCAGUGGCCUUUCAGUUCAAAACUUCCCACCAGGGCUUUACUGCAAAACAAGCAUGGGGCAGCAAAAACCAACUGCAUAUGUCAGACCCAUGGAUGGCCAGGACCAGGCACCGGACAUCUCUCCAACGCUAAAACCUUCGAUUGAAUUCGAGAACAGCUUUGGGAAUCUGUCCUUUGGAUCACUCUUGGAUGGAAAACCCAGUGCAGCCAGUUCAAAGACUAAACUGCCAAAGUUCACGAUUCUCCAAACAAAUGAAACUCAAACUGUCUACAUGGGAAACAUGUUUACAAUGGAGAGUUGGGGUAACUUGUCUCGCAGCACCAUUCUCCUCCUCACCAUGGCAUAA